AUGGCAUACAAAGGCAAGAUAAAACCCAAGAAAGUGCACAAUGAAAAGUCGUCGGAUCGUCGUUUGGCCUCUGGUUACAGACCUAACAGCUUCUUGAAGAGUAAUCAGGAACUCACAAUCAAGGAUCAUAAAGCUUUAGAGAGAACGGUACCUGUUUUAAAUGAUAUUUUGAAAGCCAGAAAGGACGAAUCAAAGAAAUCGGGAAAAGUUGUGGAAAGGGUGGAUCCUAAAACGGGACGUAAAUGGUACGAUGCAUCUCUAGUGGACUGGAAUCCGUCACAUUUUAGGCUAUUUGUUGGUAAUUUGGGUCCAGAUGUUACAGAAGAGCUGCUUUUCCGGAUCUUUAUCAAAUAUCCUUCUCUUUCAAAAGUGAAGAUUCCAAGUGAGAUGAAGAAUGAUAAAGUGGAAAACAAAGGUUAUGGAUUCAUAUCGUUUGCAGACGCUGACGACUAUCUACACUGCUUCAAAGAGAUGAAUGGAAAAUAUGCUGGAAGCAAACCCAUUGUCUUGCAAAAGGCCAGAACGGAGAUAGGGAAAACAGUAAGCAAGGGAAAAUACCUGCAGAUUCAUCAUCAAAACAAUCGCAAGCCCAAGAAAGAUAGAAAAAGGAAGCCACUUGUAUAG